AUGGUGUUCGAUAGCAGCGCAGGCGAGGAGGCGGGCGCCGGCAAGGCCACAGAGCUCGCCGCCAACGCUCGGCCUCGCCGCACCCGCGACUUUGGCUUCCUGCCCGUGCCGCGAGGCUGCGAGCCCGGCGAGGCCUUCGUCUUUACGCGAUCGCUCAACUGGCUCAUGGCCCUCGGCGCCACCGUCACCGUGGCCAAUCUCUACGUCGUUCAGCCCAUCCUAGUCGAGCUCGCCGUCAGAUUCGAGGUCGACUACGAGCAGGUCACGCGGGUCCCGUCGCUUCUGCAAGGCGGCUACCUCGUCGGCCUCGUCCUCAUCACGCCUCUCGGCGAUCUACUGCCCCGACGUCCUCUCCUCCUCGCCCUUAUCGUCAUCGCCGCCUUCCUCGCACUCGGUCAAGCGCUCGCGCCCAACUUCCAGACGUUCGAGGCCCUGAGCUUCCUCGUCGGCAUCUCGAGCGUCCCGCCUCAGAUCCUGGUGCCGCUCAGCGCAGAUCUGGCCCCGCCUGCGACCCGGGCGUCGUGUGUCUCGACCGUCGUGAGCGGGCUCAUCGGCGGCAUGGUCGUCGGGCGCUUCUUCGCCGGCAUCCUUACUCGCUAUACCGGCUCGCCGAUGCACAUCUUCUACUUUGCCUUUGCGACGCAGCUCGCGCUCGCUGUCGCCUUCUGGUGGAAGCUGCCAGCCUUUCCCAAGAAGGGGCUCGGCCUGACCUACCCGCAGGUCCUCCUGAGCAUGGUCAAGCUCUUCUUCACCAAGCCCGCCCUCACCCAGGCGUGCUUCGUCGGCUACUGCAGUUGCGCCGUCAUGGUCAGCUGGUGGACGACCCUCACGUUCCUCCUGAGCGACACGCCGUUCUCGCUCAACACGUUCGAGAUCGGCCUGUUCGGCCUCACGGGAAUCUGCGCCAUCAUCUGGGCGCCGCACGCCGGCAAGGUCACCGACCGCAUCCACCCGUGGUUGACGACGCUCGUCGCCCUCGUCGUGCAGCUGUGCACUCAAGCGCUCGCCCUCGGCUCGGCGAGACUGAGCUUAGCGCCCGUCGUCAUCUGCUGCAUCCUCGUCGACAUCUGCCACCAGUCCUCGACGAUCGGCAACCAGCGACGCUUCUUCGACGUCGACCCGCACGCUCGCUCGAGGGUCAACGGCGUCUACAUGGCGUUCACCUUCCUCGGCCAGACGACGGGCUCGUCAGCCGGCCCCAAGCUCUUCCUGCGGCACGGGUGGCGCGCCUCGUACGGGCUCAACGUCGCCUUUGUCGUCGCCGCCAUCGCCUUCCUGUGCGCUCGAGGGCCGCACGCCAAGGGCUGGGUCGGGUGGGACGGCGUGUGGAGCCUCAGGAGGGAGCCGAAGCAGGGCGAGGGGGCGCGAGGGGACGAGGACGCCGAGAAGGGCGAGCUCGAGACGGCGGACGAGGCUGGACAGGAGACGGUUGUCGUCGAGAACGGGCAGCAAGUAGAGCUAGAGCCAGGAGACGUCGCUCUCAGGAGCAACAAGACGUAGACGAGGAACAUGCUGGAAUACAGGGCUCGAUCUAAAC